AUGCUUUCUUUACCUAUCGAAAGAAUGUGCUUCUGGCGAAGAGCCCGUCCACCCAGAUAGAAGGUGUCUUUGCUGCAGCCAGAGGAAGAUCAGUUCCAGAAGAGCAAGAAGCCCUUCUCCAGCAGUGGCUGGAGGAAGGAGCAGGGAAUUUGCCAGCCAGUGAGAGUGUUCCAACAGUGAGGAAAGUAUCAGUUACACUCACUAGUGACUGGUUAGAAGGUUCAGAGCUAUUGAUGACCAGCCUCAGUGACCUGAAUACAUCUCCGGAACUCACCCAGUGUGCUGAUCAGCAGCACUUGGAGCUAAAUGCCUUGGCUUCUUCAGAACUGCAAGAUCAUGCAGUGGCUGAACUGGCCAGAUUACCAUCAGAGGAAACAGUGACUGUAGCAGGCAGUGCCCCGUGGGCAGCUGUGGUCCCACAGACAGAUCACCAGACAGCUGGCUGUGCUGGUAUCAACGUGGAGGUGCUGAAUGAUGACCCAGCUGUGCUGGCCUGGAGUUUAGCAUGUGAUGCAGAGGCAGUGCCACCAGUGCUCCCAGCCCAGCCCAUUCAGGAAGCGGUGCCAUUUUAUCCUGUCUCAUUGGAGGUGCCCUACCAUGAGAUCUUAUGGAGAGACUGGGAGGAUCUUUCUGUCCAGCCCUGUGUCUUAGAGCAGGUCUCAGAAAACACUCCCCUGUUUGAAUUUCGAGUCAUGUCUUACAACAUCCUUGCCCAGGACCUGGUGGAGCAGGGCCUUGAUCUCUAUGUACACUGUCAUCCAGACAUCCUGAACUGGAGCUACCGCCUUCCAAACCUUUUGCAGGAGAUCCAGCAUUGGGAUCCUGAUGUUCUGUGUCUCCAGGAGGUGCAAGAGAACCAUUACUGGGAGCAACUGGAACCAACAUUCAAGGAGAUGGGCUUUGCUUGUUUCUAUAAACGGAGAACCGGGACGAAGACAGAUGGAUGUGCAGUGUGCUAUAAGCGCAGCAGGUUCCAGCUGAUCAGUCUCAGCCCCAUAGAAUACUUCCGGCCUGGCCUGGACAUCCUCAACCGGGAUAAUGUGGGCUUGGUGCUGCUGCUGCAGCCGGUGCUCCCAGAAGGUCUAGGUCUGAAUGCAGUCAGUCCUCUGUGUGUGGCCAACACUCAUGUGUUGUUCAAUCCCCGUCGAGGAGAUAUCAAACUGGCCCAGGUGGCAUUGCUGCUAGCAGAGAUUGACAAAAUUGCAAGAACUACUGAAGGCAGCUACUAUCCUGUCAUCUUGUGUGGAGACCUGAACUCUGUACCUGAUUCUCCACUCUACAAAUUCAUCCGGAAUGGUGAACUUUCCUACCAUGGGAUGCCAGCCUGGAAGGUGUCUGGUCAGGAAGACUUUUCCCAGCAAUUGUAUUCACGGAAGCUGCUGGCCCCACUGUGGCCAAGCUCACUGGGUGUAACAGACAAGUGCCAGUAUGUCACCCUGUGCCAGCCAAAGAAACCUGGGAGACGCGAAUACAGCCGGGACUUCCUGCUGCAGUUCCGCUUUUGCGAUGCUGCCUGUGAGCGACCGCCGCAGCUGGUCCUCCUGGAAGGUGUGACAGAUGCUAAACCAGACCGCCCUGCACACUGGCCCAAGCCUGCUGCCAUGGUGAAAGACCCUGAUCCUCAGCCAUUCGUCCCAAGGUGUUCAGGUGUUAUCCAGCAUGGCCUCAACCUGACCUCUGUCUACAGCCACUUCUUGCCACAGAGGGGACGCCCAGAGGUCACAACAAUGCCCAUGGGGCUUGGAGCCACUGUUGAUUACAUUUUCUACUCAGCAGAGCCUGUGGAGAACAAGGCGGGUCGCAGGCUGUACAAGGAUGGAGCCCUGAAGCUGCUUGGCCGUCUUUCUCUUCUCUCUGAAGAUGUCCUCUUGAUGGCAAAUGGCUUACCAAAUCCUUUCUGUUCAUCUGAUCAUCUCUGCCUGCUGGCUAGCUUUGGCUUGGAGAUCUCCAGCCUCAGAGAGAGUUAGUGUUGGUUCCCUUUCCCUAAAGAAAAGUUGUUCUGAAUACAGCAGUCGAGACUCUGGAUUGCACAACCUGCUUGCAAGAAAACCCUUUUCCUUGUCAUGCCCUAAAAGUCCUUUUCUCCCCUCACACCCUCACUAAACGCAGGGAUGGGGGAGUUGGAGCACUUUUUGCAUUGGUAUUUUCUGCAUCUCUUCAAACCUGAGCUGUGUUCCCAGUGGGCUGAUAGGUGUAUUCAGGCAUUGACAUCUCUUUAAGAGAUCCUUGUUCCACUGCCUUGGUUAGCAGGUGUUUUUGUGCUGCAGAAACCAACAUAAUGCCCAUGGUUAUUUGUCCCUGUGUAAGAUUUUCAAGGAGCUGGAAAAGAGACAGGCAAUGCUAUCUGCUUUUGGUUAGUUUAAUUGCUACCAAGGAGCAUGGACUGUAUAUGCCAAUACUCUUUUACACCAAAACAAGUUCUUUUCAUUCUUUUAAUUUCUCAGUAAUAGUUCAGUACUUUCAGGGCUAGUUGUUGUGUUGCCUUUUAGAUUGGAUCUGCUAACUGCUUAGAAAUGUCUUUUACUUAAUGAUCUGUAAGGGCUGGCUUGCUGACAGAAGUGUUUGUGUGGUAUAACAGUUUCUACAAGAAAUUGCUUGCUGUGACUAAUCAACCAGGGAAUGGGAUUGCCAGGAAUGGAACCAGGGGUUCUACAGAGCCACUCACAGCAGCUCUAGAGCUGCAGCAAAAGCCUAGAAGCCUUGGGGAAGGCUUCCUUCCUUUCUAGCAGUCUCAGAAUGGUACCUAAUAUGUCAUUUUUAGCAAAAAUAUUUAGGACCCUCACAGUGAAUAUCUUGUGGAAAAAAUUACCCUGUAAGGCAUGAUUACCCCAGAACACUAUAACUCUGGUUGUCCCAAAAGAGAGAUGAAGAUGGAAAGCAUGUGAGAGUCAGCAGAGCCAUCAUAUGGAAGAGCUGGUCUUGUCACUUGCCCUGUUCUUUGUGCACUCCCUAUUGCAGUCAGCCUGCCCAGGGGUCAAUAGCCAACCUUCAGUAUCCAUCUCCUGUGCCACACUGAAGUCCAUACUGCAUCCUUCUGCACCCAGCCAUGUUUAGGUGUAGAUAGAACCCUUAUGAUCAACUCCUGACUCUUGACAUGUGUUGGGGGGACGGGAGGGCUGUGUAACUUGGACCCAGACUGCAGUCACUUGGAUCCCAGUGUACCUUUGGUGUCCUGCUUUUUGUCCAGUACAAAAGCUGUACCUGUUCCUAGCGUAAAUUCCCCAGUUCAACCUGACAUUUGGUGCUCAAUUUUUCCCUAAGAGAUGAAACCAGUCUUGGCAGAAACCAAUAUUGGCAGAAACAUGAAUCCUCUGUUCACAAACAAGGCAGGAAAUCCGGUCCCACCUCAGGUUUUUGCAGGAAAGUACAGGAGACUUAAAACAUUGUUUGUUCUUCAUGCUCUGUAUUGAGGGACUUUGAUAUUUUAAAUGUUACUUUCCUGAUUGAAAAAUAAAAUACUGUAAUCUAAGAAAAUACCACAGAGUAACUGUGGCACCUUGUAUUUCUGGCUGCUGAACCUCUGAAGACUUUCUGGACAAGGUUUUGCUGGCUACAAGGUGAAAGAGGGCAAAUUGGAAAGGGUGAGCUGAGAGCUUUGUUUUCUAUCUGGCUCAAAAAGGUUGCUAGAAGGCAGCCUGGUUGCAUAUGACUCCCUCCUGCUGUUAACAUUUUAAUAGGAACCUUAGAAGACACUAAAGGUUUAGCAGCAACCAACCAAAAGCACCACAAAAAAUUUUGUGACACAUAGUGUUGGCACUUAGAACUUUAGCUAUCCCGAGUCUGAGGUCGGUUGGUGAGGAGGGGUGUGUGUGUGUGUAUGUAUGAAAGCUGCCCAUAAGAGAGCCAGACUCAGCUCCAGCUCUCUUGAGACCCAUAAGGUGUGCACCAUGCACCAGCAGACGAACUGGUUGUGCCUGCACUGCCUGAAGCACCCUGUCAGUCCUGUGAUACAACUCAGGUGGAGGAUCUGUGUUCCAGUAUCACAGGUGCUCUUUCCAUUUUAUAUAAACCAAAACUUUGUCUUGUGGGCAAAUUGCGUGGAAGCAUCUCAGGGAGCUUUGAAGGUUCCAGCUAUAUUUUGCUGGAAAAUCUAAUGUUGCACAGGUCAAACUAAUGCUUUCUCUUUUCAUGCAUGAAAUAAUGUGGUAUGCACUUGGAAUUGUUAAGUUUUUGAACACUGGAUAUCGAGUCAUGCAGAGAAACCCCAGGACAAUGCCUACAAGUCCCCUUAUUCUUCUUUCUGGAGGUUAUAGUGUUCCCAGGGUGACUUGCAGCUCUUAAAGCCCUGGCUUACUCAUGCUUUGUUGGGCACUCAUAGCUGAAACUGUGGCAGAAAUGCAGGACCAUGGCUAGUGACUGUAUAGAGACACAAAGGCAGAGUUGAAAACUUGAUCUCUGUGUUUAUUUUGACCACUGUCACAGGAGCUCUGGUAUGGACUCUUAUGAAGGUGGUCUGUUUCAGGAAAAUAAAACCCCCUGUGUUCUAGAGCAAUUUGGAGUUAAUAUCAAAUGGAUCUAGAGACCUGUGAGUAUCUCUUGACUGUGUGGGAUUAUAGGAGAGGUUUGGAGGUGGGAUUGGUAGAAAGUUCCUAACUGUAAAAUUGCAACCAGCAUAUAGUUGUUGGGAGAAAAAUAAUGUGUUUUGUGAUGCUUAAAGGAUAGCACCCACACAUACAAUCAGAGCCUGUGGUAAUGAGCAUUGUAAUGGGAUGCAGAACUGAGAUUCCAGAUGUAGCUCUUAAAACUGUUUCUGGACCUAAAUGCAUGAUGAGUUUUCAUUAACACAACUUUCUGAUGAAUUACAGAGGGAUCUGUAAAUGGUUAUGAAAGUAGAGCAGCAGUAUCUGGAAUGCUCAGAAAGGGAAGGUGUCACAGAGGUGAUUACCAGCUACAUGACCUUAGUAGUGAUGUAGAGUUCAGGGAGACUGGUGCUUAGGGGAAGUGAUGCCAGAGACUGCUGGCAGUGUGUGUACAUUCCCUCUUAGCAGCCUCCUAAGCUGCAGGAGCAUGCAGCUGUUGAGACAAGUAUUUGGCCAAGUAUCUUUACUAAAAAACAGUUUAAUUUGCACCACAGCUGCUAGGCUGUAUUUAGUUAAUCUAUUUAGAUAGAAGUUGGACUUCCUUCAUUUUCUCAGUUUUAAGUUCAUUGCUCCAGGAGGAUGCCCUUCAUAAUCAGUUUUCCCAAUUACAUGAGAUGGGAGGAGUGGUAAACAAUAUAAUUGCUCUAUCUUCUUUCCUCUUUGUAAUAAAUGAAACUUGGCUGCUGUUUGA